AUGUACAAAACGAAGCCUGUAGAUCAUAGUCAAUGUAAUCCAAAGUACAAUAAUUUUCAAAUUGCUCUCACCUAUCACCGUCGUGGCGAUCUCCAGGGCUGCACCGGCUGGCGUCGUGGCGAUCUCCUGGGCUGCACCGGCUGGCGUCGUGGCGGUGUCCACGGCGGAACCGCCUGGCGUCGUGGCGAUCUCCAGAGCUGCACCGGCUGGCGUCGUGGCGAUCUCCAGAGCUGCACCGGCUGGCGUCGUGGCGAUCUCCAGGACAGCAACGGCUGGCGUCGUGGCGAUCUCCAGGGCUGCACCGGCCGGCGUCGUGGCGAUCUCCAGGACAGCAACGGCUGGCGUCGUGGCGAUCUCCAGGGCUUCACCAACUGGCGUCGUGGCGAUCUCCAGUGCUGCACCGGCCGGCGUCGUGGCGAUCUCCAGAGCUGCACCGGCCGGCGUCGUGGCGAUCUCCAGGGCGGCAACGGCCGGCGUCGUGGCGAUCUCCUGGGCGGCAACGGCCGGCGUCGUGGCGAUCUCCAGGGCGGCAACGGCCGGCGUCGUGGCGAUCUCCAGGGCGGAACCGGCUCCACCGGCCGGCGUAGUGGCGAUCUCCAAGGCGGCACCGCCUGGCGUCGUGGCGAUGUCCUGGGCGGCACCGCCUGGCGUCGUGGCGAUGUCCUGGGCGGCACCGCCUGGCGUCGUGGCGAUGUCCUGGGCGGCACCGCCUGGCGUCGUGGCGAUGUCCUGGGCGGCACCGCCUGGCGUCGUGGCGAUGUCCUGGGCGGCACCGCCUGGCGUCGUGGCGAUGUCCUGGGCGGCACCGCCUGGCGUCGUGGCGAUGUCCUGGGCGGCACCGCCUGGCGUCGUGGCGAUGUCCUGGGCGGCACCGCCUGGCGUCGUGGCGAUCUCCAGGGCUGCACCGGCUGGCGUCGUGGCGAUCUCCAGGGCUGCACCAACUGGCGUCGUGGCGAUUUCCUGGGCUGCACCGGCUGGCGUCGUGGCGAUCUCCAGGGCUCCACCGGCCGGCGUAGUGGCGAUCUCCAGGGCGGCACCGCCUGGCGUCGUGGCGAUCUCCAGGGCUGCACCGGCUGGCGUCGUGGCGAUGUCCUGGGCGGCACCGCCUGGCGUCGUGGCGAUCUCCAGGGCUGCACCGGCUGGCGUCGUGGCGAUCUCCAGGGCUUCACCAACUGGCGUCGUGGCGAUCUCCUGGGCUGCACCGGCCGGCGUCGUGGCGAUCUCCAGGGCUGCCCCGGCUGGCGUCGUGGCGAUCUCCAGGGCUUUACCAACUGGCGUCGUGGCGAUCUCCAGGGCUGCACCAACUGGCGUCGUGGCGAUCUCCAGGGCUGCCCCGGCUGGCGUCGUGGCGAUCUCCAGGGCUGCACCGGCUGGCGUCGUGGCGAUCUCCAGGGCUUCACCAACUGGCGUCGUGGCGAUCUCCUGGGCUGCACCGGCCGGCGUCGUGGCGAUCUCCAGGGCUGCACCGGCUGGCGUCGUGGCGAUCUCCAGGGCUUCACCAACUGGCGUCGUGGCGAUCUCCUGGGCUGCACCAACUGGCGUCGUGGCAAUCUCCAGGGCUUCCCCGGCCGGCGUCGUGGCGAUCUCUUGGGAUGCACCGGCCGGCGUCGUGGCGAUCUCCAGGGCUGCACCAACUGGCGUCGUGGAGAUCUCCAGGGCUUCACCAACUGGCGUCGUGGCGAUCUCCAGGGCUGCACCGGCCGACGUCGUGGCGAUCUCCAGGGCUGA